GCCCCGAGUUUUUUGAACUGGAGGAAAGGGGGGCUAAAUCGGGGGUGGGGUCUGUGCGGGGGAGAGAGAAGAGGAGGAGGAGGAGAUUUGAUCUUUUAUUUAGGCACCUCUUUUGCAUGCUCUUUCAGUUCCCAACAGUUACUCUCCGGAGUGGGUGGAGCUGGUGGAUGGGAUGGUUCUUUUGCAAACCAGUCCCGUCUAUAUGCGGUGGUGGGAACCCUGCUCUGGACUGGUAAGUUAUAUCGACCAAGCGGCUUAUGUACUUUUCUUUUCCGGUGAUGUGGAAUGGAAAUCCGGACUCCCUUAAUGCUCCGCGUUAAAGCUCCAAGGGUGGUUGUCUCGCGCGUCCGCCCAGCCCCUCCAAAGUCAAUAUAGUUUUUUGUUUGUGUCUGUGCGUGCGCGCUUCAAAAAUAAUGUUUUUGGCGGAAUGUUCUGCAUCGUUUCAGAAGGUCUUUGCCAACUUGGAAAGUUGGCUGGAAUUCAGAUCAGGGUGACUGGAGGGAGGUGACUGAUCUCUGAACGAGAUUUAAGAUGGGUAAAGGGGGGGAGGCAGACCAGCAACAGUUCUCUCCUCCCAGUGUCCGGAUUAUUCUGUGAGUCCUUCUGAGCUUCCGUAGAAUGCAUUCCUCAAUUUAAUAUUUGGGAAGCUUUUACCACCGAGUUCAGAAAAGAAAAGAACGAGGGCCAAGCAGUGUGAGCCUCCUCCUACCACUGUCCGUAAUUUGAUUGCUUUAUUUUUUAUUUUUAUGGCUCUCUAGUCUACCACUUCUUCAGCAAUCCUCAGAACUUUGUUGCGAGCCCUAAAUUUUAGGGAUUGCUUGCUAAGCCUUCCACCCACCUCCCAGAUUCCCAGCUGUGUCCUUUCUUCCCUCCCUCUGAGCUCAAGCAAGCUAAUGGUAUUCUAAACUGAUUCUUGUUCUCUGAUCCCAAAGGGAAUAUUUCCGUUAAACUCAGCACCGUUUUCCUGUCUGGGAGUCAAGCCAUGGCUGGGGCGGUUUGGGGGGGGGGAGACAUAUGGGGAGGAGACAGCAGCACCUCUGUAGCCAAUAUUGUAUAUACACAUACAAAUAGCCAGGAUUUCGGGACCCACUGGUUCAGCUGCCGUCCUCAACGUGGCACACGUGCGUGAGUGGAAUAUUGCGUGUGAAAAUGCUGUGUGUGUGUGUGUGUGUGUGUGUGUGUGAUGGGAGCAAAUAUAUUCAGGGAGUUUGACUAAGUUUUGAUCCGAACCAGGGCUCAGCCCUGAAACUGGGGCAAGGUCAUCAUACUAUACAUACAGAUGAUAGUAAAGAAAAAAUGCUUCUGCAUAUUUGCAGAGUGUUUUCCCCUUUAACUACCCUCCGCUCACCCAAAUUAAUGCCGCCUUCCCUCGCGUCCCCUUAAAGGAGAGAUGGGCUAUAGCUUUCAGCAGAUGAGCUCUGACACACGUCCUGAAAGUUCAAAAACAAGGCUGCAGCCCUAUAUGUACUUUCCUGGAAAUAACUCUUCUCUAUAGAUAUCUCUAGCAUUGUGCUGCUUCAUGCCAUUUUUUUUGCAGGGGAAUUCUCACUUAAUAACUGGCACAAGAGUUUCAUGCAAUUUCCUAUGUGAAGUUACUGUGUACCAUGUAUAACCAAACACCGUGCGUACCACCCCUCUGUCAAUCGUCGUUUGCCGAUCCGCACAAUUUGAUAGGCGUCUGUUUAUGAUAACCACACCUGGCUCUCCCCAUCUGGGUUUGGUGUUGUUUUUCUGCAACGAAAUGCAUAUGACUCAAAGGUACUGUCCUUUGAAUUGCAUUAAGUUCUCUGCUUUAGCCAUCCUGUCACAUUUAGGAUGAUUUUUAAAAAGUGGAAUUUUAAAAUCACUUCAAUGCACAUUAGUGACUGAGAAUACUGAAAGGAGUGGCGAGAAUGAUAGAAUAAUGGAAUCAAGUGUAAUCUUUGGUUGAUGGUAUAACAGAAUCGCAACCUACAAUUAAUUACUCAUGGCUAGCUGAGUCUGCUUCAUCACCUUGCGCAGGUGAGAGGCAUUCUUUGUGAAUACGUCUCCUGCUUCUUAUGUAGCUGUGAUCCCUUCCUCUCACGACUACCUUGUAAUAUUUCAUUGCCCUGUUGUAAAAACUGGACUAGACUAAAGGCCCUUUGAGUGGAGUCUUACGUUCUUACAGGUUUUAGGUUUGUUGAAUUUGUGUACAGUGGUACCUCGGGUUACAGACGCUUCAGGUUACAGACUCCGCUAACCCAGAAAUAGUACCUCAGGUUAAGAACUUUGCUUCAGGAUAAGAACAGAAAUCACGCAGCAGCGGCGCAGCGGCAGCAGGAGGCCCCAUUAGCUAAAGUGGUGCUUCAGGUUAAGAACAGCUUCAGGUUAAGAACAGACCUCUGGAACGAAUUAAGUGCUUAACCUGAGGUACCACUGUAUUGCUUUCCACAAAGUCCCCAAGUGAUUUAUGAUAAUAAAAUGCACUAAUAAAAACAGGUAAACGUAUUGAAACAUAACAUGAAAACAUCCAAUCAUUAGUGCUGCUGAGAAAACAACAAUGUAUUUGCUUGGAGCUAAAACAAAGAGAAGGUUGGUGCGCGGUGGACCUCUUUGGAGAGAGCAUUCUAUAGAUGGGGAGGCUACUUCAGAAAGACCACUCUCUCGUUCCCAUCAUCUGGACCUUCCUUGGAGGUGGCAUACAGAGAAGGGCCUCAGAUGACUGUUCUGGGAUCUGGGCAGGUUCUUAUGAGGAAAGCUGAACCUUUCUGUACAGCAGUCCUGAACCAUAUAAAGAAGUGGUCAACCAAAUGCCUAUUUGAAGCCCACAAUCAGGGCAACAGCAAUCUUCCCAUUUGUGAUUUUCAGCAACAAGCAAAGAGAAUGAAAGUCCCUCCGGGUUGCUCAACCAGAUGCCUAUAGGAAGCCCAGCGGGCAACAGCACCUUCUGGUUGCUAUUCUCCUGGUACUCGGAAGCACCCUGCAGAUGUUGCAGAGAGCCAUUAUGAGCAGUAUCCACUUACCCUCCAUGAAUUUGUCUAAUUCUCAUUUAGAGCUGCUCAAGCAUCUUUCUUCAAGGUCCUGGGUACAUAUGACAGAAUUAGGGACAACAUUUGAGGAGCAUCACUGUGCAACUCAGUGGUCUGGCUGUCCUGUGCCCUCCACCCAAAGGUCUGCACCCAGGAUAAAUGUUCCACUUGUCUUCUGCAUUGACUUUGGGUGAAAGUGUCCCCCCUCCACACCCCCAGCAUUCCUGCUGGCCAUCAGUCUCCUUGCCAGCUUUACUGGUUAUUUUAGAGGCCACUCCAUCAAAGUAUUACACAAAGGGAACAGUGGCUGGGUGUAGGCAAAGUCGCCAACUUUUAACUGUAGAACACAACACUCCACAGAAAUCAGGAAAUUUGUUGUCAUGUUCUCAGGGAGACUGGGAUGCUCUGAAUGAUGGGGCAUUUCUUGAAGAAAGGGGGCACUUGGCAACCCUACUGACAGGGAAGUCUUGGGGCCUGUCUAGAUUUCCUUGCCUUUCACCCAGGGCCUGUACGAAAAAUGAUGGAUACCUUCUCCAUUGAAGCUGGGAAAAGAGCCCAGAAGUUCUGGCACCUAGUUCUGUCUCUUGCUCCAAUUCACUAGGCUUCCCCUUCCCCUUCAGAGCUGGGAAUAGGACCUAGAAGCCAUGGCUGGUGACCAAGUUUAAUAGUUGUUGAAUUUAGAUGUAAUUGUUGACUUCCACCUCUUUGUGUCUCUUGACAGCCCCCAAACUAUCCCCUUUCAUCUCUCCCUGGUGCAAGGGGAGGGGGUUAAAGGUUGUAUGUGCAAGCUUUGGCUUGGAUUGUAUGUGACGGAUGCCAGAUUGGGGAAGAGAGGGGAGGAAUAAUCCGUUGCCAAUUCCAUCUGGGUGUUUUGGGGGGUGGGAAUGGAGAUUAGUUAUGCUUUCCACCACUUGGGUCAUGUGAACAGCUUAACCCUUGGGGAGCGGGAAAGGGGGAUAGGAAAUGAGGUGGGCAGGGCCUAGAGGACAUAAUAAGAAGAGCCUACUGGAUCAGGCCAAUGGCCUAUCUAGUCCAGCAUCUGGUUCUCACCGUGGCCAGCCAGAUACCUGUGGGAAACUCACAAGCAGGAUUUGAGCACAGGAGCCCUCAGCCCACGUGUGAUUUCCAUCAACUGGUAUUCAGAGACAUACAGUGGUACCUUGGGUUAAGUACUUAAUUCGUUCUGGAGGUCCGUACUUAACCUGAAACUGUUCUUAACCUGAAGCACCACUUUAGCUAAUGGGGCCUCCUGCUGCUGCCGCACCACCGGAGCACGAUUUCUGUUCUCAUCCUGAAGCAAAGUUCUUAACCCGAGGUACUAUUUCUGGGUUAGCGGAGUCUGUAACCUGAAGCGUAUUUAACCCGAGGUACCACUGUAUUGCCUUUGACAGUGUAGGGAAACCCUCCUCAGAGCCAGCGUGGUGUAGUGGUUAAGAGCGGUAGUCUUGUAAUCUGGGGAACCGGGUUCGAUUCCCUGCUCCUCCACAUGCAUCUGCUGGGUGACCUUGGGCCAGUCACACUUCUCUGAAGUCUCUCAGCCCCACUCACCUCACAGAGUGUUUGUUGUGGGGGAGGAAGGGAAAGGAGAAUGUUAGCCGCUUUGAGACUCCUUUGGGUAGUGAUAAAGCGGGAUAUCAAAUCCAAACUCUUCUUCUUCUUCUUCAGCUUUUGCCAACUUUUCAUUCUUAAUCACUUUAAAGGCUGCUCUGCCAUCUUGUUUAUUUCAAGCACCAACAGAACAAGAGUUUGGACUUGAUAUCCUGCCUUUCACUCCCCUUAAGGAGUCUCAAAGCGGCUAACAAUCAGCCUGGUUCCAUCCCAGUACAAGUAGAGCCCAUUCCUUUUGGCUUCCAGGACCUCACAACUACAUUUCCCCGUGUCAUUGGUGCCAGUUUGCCAAAUGACCGUGGACUACCGCACUAUGUAGGUGAUGGGCAACAUCCGCAACCUUCACAUCAGGCAGUAGGGCUGGGCGAUAUAAUAAUAAUUAUAAUUAUAAUAAUUAUAAUAAUUUUAUUUAUACCCCGCCCUCCCUGGCUCAGGGCGGCUAACACCAGUAAAAUUACAGUAAAAACAUAAUAGGGGGGGAAAACCAAUUUAAAAUGCAGCCUCAUUUUAAAAGUAGCCCUUAGAUCAAAACCAUAAGGGGAGGGAAACAUAAGGGUCAGACUGAGUCCAAACCAAAGGCCAGGCGGAACAGCUCUGUCUUGCAGGCCAUGCAGAAAGAUGUCAAGUCCUGCAGGGCCCUAGUCUCUUGUGGCAGAGCGUUCCAUCAAGUCGGGGCCAGUACUGAAAAGGCCCUGGCCCUAGUUGAGACCAAUCUAACCACCUUGCGACUUGGGACCUCCAAAAUGUUGUCAUUUGUGGACCUUAAGGUCCUCUGUGAGGCAUACCAGGAGAGGCAGUCCCGUAGGUACGUGGGUCCUAUAUCGUCCAGAACUGGUUUGAUGUCCAUAUCACGAUAUCGGUUUCAUAAUUUUUGACCUGGUAAUAUAUCAUGAAUCAUGAUGUGUGUGUGCGUGCUAAAAUCACAGUGUGGGAAAACCAUGAAGUCAGCCAAUGCCUCUUCAUAGCUUCAUCCUUGUUUCAUACAUUGCGAUUUAUCAGUAUAUUGCAAUGUUUAGCUGGUGAUAUAUCACGAAGCUGAAAACCAGAUAUUGCCCAGCCCUACCAGGCAGGCAAUUUACUCUGCAGUCUGUAUGCCCAUCACACACCUGUUUAUGUUCUUAAUGACCACCAGGAUCCCUCCACCCACUAAAGAAGUAUGCUCAACACAAAAAAGCUCCUCUUUCUCUCUCUUUACCAUAAGUAAUCAUAUACGCUUAAAUUUAUGUCUCUGUCCCUUUACCUGUCUUCCCCCUAAACUGAGAAGCUUAAGUGUUGCUUCCCCCCUUGAUUGCUUUGAUUUCCUUUUUCUGACCUUUUCUAGCUCUAGGGAGGAGACACUGGGGGACUAUUGAUCAGUUUCACUCCUGGUUCAGAGCCAGUAACUUAGAUUUAUUCAAUAAGCAAAUAUGUGGUUAUAUCCUUAUGUGUAGUGGAAUUACCCUGUUCUUGAGGUCUGGGCUGAGGAGUGCUGGGAGGGACAACAGAAAUCUCUCUUCCUCCGCCUCCCAAAAUAAAUUUCUUUAGUGAGAUUGGCUCCAUUAUUAUCAAAUAAUGGAGGCAUAUAACUUGGAUAAAAAACUAGGCUUCCAGGUGGAAAAAUCAAAGUUGGAAACAGAAUUGUUAGACUCUAAAGUUAAGAAUUUGUCAAGAAUGUAUAACUUGCUGUUGAAAUGGAAUACUCAAGAUGAAAUGGUGAAAUCUGCUAUGAUUAAAUGGGCACAAGAUGUUGGACAUAGUAUUAUGAUGGCCGACUGGGAACAGUUAUGGACCACUGGUAAGAAGUUUACCGCAUGUAAUGCCUUAAAAGAGAAUUUAAUGAAAAUGAUUUAUAGAUGGUACAUAACACCAGUCAAGCUUGCAAAAAUCUAUCAUUUGCCCGAUAACAAAUGUUGGAAAUGUAAUGAAACUGAAGGUACAUUCUUUCACCUUUGGUGGACAUGCCCAAAGAUUAAGGCAUUCUGGGAGAUGAUCUAUAAUGAAAUGAAAAAGGUAUUUAAAUAUACCUUCCUGAAGAAACCAGAGGCCUUUCUCCUGGGCAUGGUCGGCCAACUGGUGCCAAAGAAGGAUAGAACUUUCUUUAUGUAUGCUACAACAGCAGCAAGAAUACUUAUUGCAAAGUAUUGGAAGACACAAGAUCUACCCACCAGGGAAGAAUGGCAGAUGAAGCUGAUGGACUACAUGGAACUGGCAGAAAUGACUGGCAGAAUCCGAGACCAGGGAGAAGAGUCGGUGGAAGAAGAUUGGAAAAAAUUUAAAGUAUACUUACAGAAACAUUGUAAAAUUAAUGAGUGUUAGAAGGAUGCUGGAAUGAAGCUAUAUGGUUUUAGUAGAAAUGCAACAAAGAAUUAAGUAAAAGUUGAUUGAUAUCGGGUUAAAAUGAAAAAAUUUAAGGUUAGACCGUUAAGAUAUAUUAUAGAAAAAAAUUUGAGAAAGAUGAGAAGAAUUUGCUGAAAUAGUGAAUUGAACUAGAAUACAAAAAAGGGGAGGUGUGAGGUUGAUGAAACAAGUAAAGGAAAGGUAAAGAUAUGGAAUAUUGGAUGUGUGUUUUAGUUUUUUCUUUGUUUCUUUUUGCUGUAUUGUUGUAUUGCUCUUCUAUGUUUUUUUUUUCUUUUUUCUUUUUUAUUGUUGUCUUUCUCUUUUUUUUUUUUGGUAAUUUUUUAAACUUUUAAUAAAUAUCAUUUAAAAAAUAAAUAAAUUUCUUUAGUGACAGAGGUGCAGUCACAAAUGUAAUAUUAUAAUCCUAAUUUGUAUCUCUGAGGAAUAUUUCUACCUAUACGUACUGGGCAGUUGGCAUCUUUUUUAUUAUGUUUUCUCACACAUUUUAGCAUCAUUUUGAUGCCCUAAUAUGUGUUCCCUUGUUAUGCUGUGCUCUUCUUUCUCUAAUCGCAUAACUGCCCCUAAACAAAAAUACCUGGUGUGGUUUGUGGCUCCGUUUCAGCUGUGCCACCACAGCUCUUUCCCCCCACGCUCUCAUCGGACAUUCUUUGCACUGCUAUCCUCCUCCAGCCCCAUCUCUCAAUCUUCCCCCAGGCUUCCUAAAGGAUUUAGAUCUCUGAUGGCCCCUGCUGUGUUCCUGUAGGAAGAGGAGUUGGUUGGUUAUGGGUUUUUCUAAAAUGCUCAAGUCAGGGGCAUUUGGUAUUCUUCAAGCUGAAGGUAAACCUCUCUCCCUCUCUUGCAGGCUGUCCCUCCCGCUUGGAUGGCUCUUCAAAGCUGAGCUGCAUCCCAGCUGACCAGCAUGGACCCAACUCCGUUGCUUCCAGUUACUCCUGACCCCCGGAGCUUUAAUGAGGGGGCAACAGACCCCAGCGAUCCUGCCUCCGAUCCCUGCGCCCUCCUUUCCGAAAGGCACUAUGAGGUGAUUCCCUGUGUGAUCUGUGGCCUCUGCUGCGUUUUUGGAGUUGUUUACUGCUGCUUUGGUGAGUAGAAAGAGGAAAGAGACAGUUCUGUCUCUGAGCCCAUCUCAAACUUCACUUCUCUUUCCUUUUUCCUCUGUUCCCAGUGGGUUGUUUACAUGCACCAGGGAUAGUGGUUGGCACCAGGGCUGGAUUUAGGUUUGAUGAGGCCCUAAGCCCAGGGGUCAGCAACCUUUUUCAGCUGUGGUCAGGUCCACCGUCCCUCAGACCAUGUGGUGAGCCAGACUAUAUUUUUUUGGGGGGGGGGGGAAUGAAUGAAUUCCUUUGCCCACAAAUAACCCAGAGAUGCAUUUUAAAUAAAAGCACACAUUCUACUCAUGUAAAAACACCAGGCAGGCCCCACAAAUAACCCAGAGAUGCAUUUUAAAUAAAAGCACACAUUCUACUCAUGUAAAAACACCAGGCAGGCCCCACAAAUAACCCAGAGAUGCAUUUUAAAUAAAAGCACACAUUCUACUCAUGUAAAAACACCAGGCAGGCCCCACAAAUAACCCAGAGAUGCAUUUUAAAUAAAAGCACACAUUCUACUUAUGUAAAAACACACUGAUUCCCAGACCGUCCGUGGGCCGGAUUGAGAAGGCGAUUGGGCUGCAUCCAGCCCAUGGGCCUUAGGUUGCCUACCCCUGCCCUAAGUUACUGAAGGUAAUGGGGCCCUUUCUAUGUCCAGCUAUCCUUUGUCAACAAGAAAUUGUCGCUGUUUUUUGUGUUGAAUAUAUGCUAUAUAUGCCCAUUACUUAAUCAUAGGAGACUACACAACACAAAACACUGUUGCUGUAUGUACCGUAUGUUUUAUUUUAUUCUGCCAAGAGAGCGGGAGAACUCUAGGAUGUUUCAUUGAACGUAAUCGUGGUUCUAGGAAAUAUACCUGAAACACUGAAAAAUUGUCGCAUUUUCCCAUUAAGUGAACUGAGUAAUUAAGAAUAUAAGUCACAACUGGAGACAAAAUAUUUGGGGUCUUCCGAUCUGGGGUAGGUUAGGCAACCUGAACUUUGCAAGGGAGAUAGAGAGCAGAGUCUGUUGUGGAAGGUUGGUGGCUUAUAAGUGAUGACUUAUUUGGAACCUAACUCUGGAGGCUGAACAAAACCAUGUAUUAAGAGUUUUAAAUGAUCCUGUCACAUGUACUGACUGAUUUGGGCAUUUUAGCCUUCAAAGAGUGAGGAACGACGGGGAGGGAGAGAAGAGGGUUAUAAUUUUUCAUUGUCUUUUUCAUUUUUUUAAUGCUGGGGGAAUCAGAGUUCUGUUUUCUUUAAAAAGUCAGAAAUUCCACCUCUUCUUCCCUGCCACCCUGCAAAAAUUCCAACAACCUCUCAGUCCAUGUUUUGAAUUACAUGAAAUAGCCAAGCUAAUAAGAACUGUGUGUCCUCCAUACUUGACCUAUUUCAAAAAGCAACAAGUAACAAGUUGUCCUCCAGUAAUUGUGAUAACAGUGAGUCUGUGUCAUAAAACUUUUAUUUCUUGAUGUUUACAGAAGGACUAUUUCCCUACACCCCCCCAAAAAAAACAAGGUAGCUUUUCUUGCCAUGUUUUCAGUCCUAAGAGAUUCUAGCUUAACCAUAAUGAGAAUUUAGAUGCAACCUUUUUUCAGUAGCCCCUGUCUCGGAAUAUCCUAUUGACGAAAUAUAGCCUCCCCCUUUUCAAAGAUUUCCUCUGCUAAACCUGGUGUGUGCAGAAGCCCCCAGAUUCCGACUAGGACAUCUUCCUUAAAAAAAAUAUUUUAAAAUUAAUACUUUUCAGGUUUAUACAUUUCACUGAUUUUACAAUCAUUUUGACAUUUCAAAACUCGACUUCUUUCCUCCUCUUUCUGCGGUUCCUUAAAUUUAUUUUUAAUAUCUUCUGCAUAUCCAAAUUAACUUAAUUUGCUCACUUAUUCAUAUUCUUUAAAUAUAUACUCUUAUGAAACUGCAGGUUAUUACAAUAAUCCUGCCGAUGCUUUUAUCUGUUUACAGUUUAUCUGUAAAUAUUCAACAAACCAUUUCCAUUCUUUUAUAAAAAGUUUGUUAUCUUGAUUUCUUAUUCUUCCGGUAAGUUUUGCCAUUUCUGCAUAUUCCAUAAGUUUUUGUAUCCAUUCUUCCUUUGCUGGGACUUCUGCUUCUUUCCAUUUUGGGGCAAGUAACAUUCUUGCUGGGAUGCGGGUGGCGCUGUGGGUAAAACCUCAGUGCCUAGGACUUGCCGAUCUUAUGGUCGGCGGUUCGAAUCCCCGUGGCGAGGUGAGUUCCCGUCGUUCAGUCCCAGCUCCUGCCCACCUAGCAGUUCGAAAGCACCCUUAAGUGCAAGUAGAUAAAUAGGUACUGCUUUAUAGCGGGAAGGUAAACGGCGUUUCCGUGUGCUGCGCUGGUGCCGGCUCGCCAGAGCAGCUUGUCACGCUGGCCACGUGACCCGGAAGUGUCUCCGGACAGCGCUGGCCCCCGGCCUCUUAAGUGAGAUGGGCGCACAACCCUAGAGUCGGACAUGACUGGCCUGUACGGGCAGGGGUACCUUUACCUUUAACAUUCUUACUGCUAUAGUAGCAUACAUGAAUAAGUUUCUAUACAGUUUAGGUAGUUCUGUCCCUAUUAAUUCCCAAAAGAAAAGCUUCUGGGGUUUAUUUUAAGCAAACAUUAUUUUAAACAUCCUUUUCAUUUCAUUAUAUAUCAUUUCCUAGCAAGCCUUAACCCAGGCAUGUCCAAAGUCCGUUUCGGGGCCUAAUCCGGCCCUUGUGGCAGUAUAUAUCCUAGGGUAAAAUCCUUUUAAAAAGCACAACAACUUUGGGGUAAAAUAACAGAUGUUCACUUCAUCAAAUCUGGCCCUCUUUGAAAAAAAUUUGGGCACCCUUGCCUUAACCUUACUACAGGACCAGCUAAAGACUUCUGUGACUUCAAAGAAGAAUGGGAACCUUUUUCAGUCUAUUUAAAAAGACAACAAAAUGAACUGGACUGCUUGGCAGGUUUUGAAUAAACAUACACAAAUUAAUUGGGUUAAUAUGAUGGAUGAAUAAUAUAAGGAUGUAUACAAUUUUAUAAUAUGCAGAAAAAAAUAGGAGAUGAGAAAUCAGAGAGAGGAGUUGAGGGAAGUCCUGGGGGACAGGGAGGGAGGGUUUGUUGGGGAGGUGGGAGGGGGAAAAACAACGAAGAUGAUUUUUAUUGUUGAUUUGUUAUGGCCUUGAUCCAGUAUACCUGAAGGAGCGUUUCCACCUCCAUCGUUCUGCCCGGACACUGAGGUCCAGCGCCGAGGGACUUCUGGAGGUUCCCUUACUGAGAGAAGCCAGGUUACAGGGAACCAGGCAGAGGGCCUUCUCGGUAGUGGCACCCACCCUGUGGAACACCCUCCCACCAGAUGUCAAAGAGAAAAAUAACUACCAAACUUUUAGAAGACAUCUAAAGGCAGCCCUGUUUAGGGAAGCUUUUAAUGUUUAAUAGGUUAUUGUAUUUUAGUGUUUUGUUGGAAGCCGCCCAGAGUGGCUGGGGGGACCCAGCCAGUUGGGCGGGGUAUAAAUAAUAAAUUAUAUUAUUAUUAUUAUUAUUAUUAUUUUGAAUUUGUUAAUAUUUUUCUUAAAAAAGACAACCUUACCACAGGACCACCACAUAUGAGAAAAAGAACCUUCUUUCUCCCCGCUGCUAAACUUGGCCCUCUUUCUGUUGCUAGGUUACCGCUGUUUCAAAGCCAUCAUGUUCCUCUCUGGCCUGCUCUUCGGCUCGGCCGUCAUCUUCCUGCUUUGCUACAAAGAGCGCAUCUUGGACACGCAGCUGAGCCUGGAAGUCAGCGCGGGGAUUGCCCUGGGCAUCGGCGUCCUCUGCGGCUUAGUCACGAUGCUGGUGCACUCGGUUGGCUUGUUCCUGACAGGGCUCCUCCUCGGCUUGCUCCUGGCGACGGCUGGACUGGUGGCCACGGAGCCUCUGUGCCAGCUGCCUAGCGCCUGGGUCCCCGCCGGCUCGCUGCUGGGAUCAGCCCUACUGGGUGCCGUCUUGGCCUUGCGCUGGCAGAAGGCCCUGACGGUGGUCUCCACGGCGAUGUUUGGGGGCGCCGUGCUGACCCUCUGCUUGGACUACGCUGUGGAGAACUUGGCGCUGGGCUACCACGUGUACGACCGCCUCCGCCUGGCUCCCCCUUCCCCGCUGUGCUGGUGUGCCUGGGCCGUGCUGGCCACGUGGCCCGUCCUGGCCUUGAUGGGAAUGCUGCUGCAGUGGAGAGUGACCGCAGAGGGCUUCUCUCACACAGAUGGUGAGUGGAUGGCUUUAGGACCAUGCCGAAGGAGGGGAGAAGGUCCAGUUGUAGUGGGCAGGGGGCAUUCAUGGCAACCUGCCUGGGACCCCCCCCAAAUUAUAGUGUACAGUAGUACCUCGGGUUACGUACGCUUCAGGUUACAGACUCCGCUAACCCAGAAAUAGUACCUCGGCUUAAGAACUUUGCUUCAGGAUGAGAACAGAAAUCGUGCAGCGGUGGCAGCAGGAAGCCCCAUUAGCUAAAGUGAUGCUUCAGGUUAAGAACAGUUUCAGGUUAAGAACAAACCUCCGGAAUGAAUUAAGUUCUUAACCCGAGGUACCACUGUAUUUACUUUUAUUUUUAGGUUUUUAGGCUUGAUGUUAUGUUAUUAAUAUAGGAAAUAGCAAAGUGGGUGAAAAGAGAAACAUACCAGAAGCGGAAGUUGGGGGAAGCCCUGGAGGGGAGGGAGGGAGGAAUAUAUAAUAUAUGUUAAGAAACUGAGAUGUAUGUAAUGAAUGAAAAAGAAAAAUGAAUAAAAUAAAAUAAAAUCUGGAGGCGGGUCUGUACCUGCCUACCUCCUGCCCAACGAAAUGUGGCCCAUUUUUGUAAGAGACUUUAGUAGCAGACAGUGUGCGAGAUUCGCCAGGCAGAUUUUGCACCCGACCAAGUGAAGAUGUUUGGCUGCCAAUAUGGUGCCUGACAUCUCCACCUUCUGAGGAUCAUUGGCUCUGGACUAGUUUCACACACUUAACGCCCCAUCCUGUGGAAUUCUCUCAGUUAUAUUUUUAUCUGCGCAAUCAGAAUAAAUUUCUGGAACCAAAAUGCUUUUUCUGUGCGGCCUCAGCAGGAGCAGUCGCGACAAAGGAAAAAGAGGUUGUAUACAUGUGGACUGCCCCUGGAUCAAGUGACUUUUCUCCUUUAAGUUCUCAAAAGUUCUUAAGCUAGCUCAAGGUUGUCAUCUGAACUAGCCAGAUAUUUAACUGAGAAUCAAUAAUAAUAAUAAAAAAAUUAAUUUAUACCCCGCCCUCCCCAGCCAAGACCGGGCUCAGGGCGGCUAACACCAAAUAUAAAACAAUUGAUUGAAAUACAACUUAAAAACAAGAUUAAAAUACAACAUUAAAAUGCAGCCUCAUUUCAGCAGAAACUCAAAAACUUUUUUGGGGAGGAAAACGUCAAGUCUUCACCAAGGCUAACUAUCCAGACUGGUCCUACGUGGGGCAGAAAAAAGCCAGGGAAGUCCCCAAGUAGGAGUUCCGUCACAGAAGGAAAAAAGAAAGAGGGGGAAGGGAUCAAGUUAAUUCCAAGCCAAAGGCCACUCGGAACAACUCUGUCUUACAGGCCCUGCGGAAAGAAAUCAGAUCCUGCAGGGCCCUGGUCUCAUGAGGCAGAGCGUUCCACCAGGCCGGAGCCAGUGUUGAAAAGGCCCUGGCUCUGGUUGAGGCUAAUCUGACCUCACAGUCAGUCCAUCAUUUGAAAAGAAAAAAAGAAUUUAGAGCCGUCUUGCCCCAAAAUGGCAACUAGACAAAAUGGCAACUGUUUUGGCGACUGUAACCUUGGUUUAAGGAGCUAUUUGGCACCUAGAGUUUCUGACGCUGGUAGUGGAGGGAAAGUUGAUGGGCAGCAGAGUGCCUACAGUCAUAGAGAGACAGGGAGGUAUGUUGCACAGUUAAUCACUUUUUCUUCUGUCCUUCCUUGUCCCCAAAGGCCUCGUGCAAAUCAUUUCUCAGUCAUAUGACACGGAGUGUCGAGAGUGUCAAACAAGGACUAGGGAGACCCAGUUUAAAUCCCCAAUUGGCCCAGAAAGCUCACUGGGUGAUCUUGGGCCAGUCACUUUCUCUUGGCCUGAGGACAGUAAUUGUGGCAGUAAGAUUGGGGUUGGGGAAGAGGAUGAGAGCCAAGAUCAGCCCUCUGAGCUACAUGGAUGAAGGGUCUGGUAAAAACGUAGUAAAUUAAUAUUACUACUAAAUAAUAGCUAGAUAGUGUUGGGGAUGAUUAGGAGACACUGUGUGAGUGCCUGGAGGCGGUUGGAGGAUGGAUGGUGGCUAAUGGAUUGAAGUUGAAUCCUGACAGGACAGAAGUAUUGUUUUUGGGGGACAGGGGGCAGGCUGGUGUGGAGGACUCCUUGGUCCUUAAUGGGGUAACUCUGCCCCUGAAGGACCAGGUGCGCAGCCUCAGAGUCAUUUUGGACUCACAGCUGUCCAUGGAGGCACAGGUCAAAUCUGUGUCCAGGGCAGCUGUUUACCAGCUCCAUCUGGUACGCAGGCUGAGACUCUACCUGCCCACGGACUGUCUCGCCAGAGUGGUGCAUGCUCUAGUUAUCUCCCGCUUGGACUACUGCAAUGCGCUCUACGUGGGGCUACCUUUGAAGGUGACUCGGAAACUGCAACUAAUCCAGAAUGCGGCAGCUAGACUGGUGACUGGGAGCAGCCACCGAGACCACAUAACACCGGUCUUGAAAGACCUACAUUGGCUCCCAGUACGUUUCCGAGCACAAUUCAAAGUGCUGGUGUUGACCUUUAAAGCCCUAAACGGCCUCGGCCCAGUAUACCUGAAGGAGCGUCUCCACCCCCAUCGUUCUGCCCGGACGCUGAGGUCCAGCGCCGAGGGCCUUCUGGCGGUUCCCUCAUUGCAAGAAGCAAAGCUACAGGGAACCAGGCAGAGGGCCUUCUUGGUAGUGGCGCCCGCCCUGUGGAACGCCCUCCCAUCAGAUGUCAAAGCGAUAAAUAACUACCUGACAUUUAGAAGACAUCUUAAGGCAGCCCUGUUCAGGGAAGUUUUUAAUCUGUGAUAUUUUACUGUAUUUUUGGUUUCUAUGGAAGCCACCCAGAGUGGCUGGGGAAACCCAGCCAGAUGGGCGGGGUACAAAUAAUAAAUUAUUAUUAUUAUUAUUAUAUCCAUCAUUACUUUGCUCAGACUAGAGGAAUUUGACAGACUUGAAAAAAAUUCAGAGUUCUCAAAAUUCUGAAGAAUGCAACAUUAUGUGGCAUGAUAACAACUGUGCAGAACUCUGUUCGCCUCCCAGCACGUAAAAGAGAGAGACUUGUUUGGGACAAUUUUUUUCUCCUUCCUCCCCACCUCCACUUGACUACAUUUGAUUCUCUGGUCAGGAAAGGAAUUCCCCCAUAGCUGAGGAGUGAGAGCGUUCAUUUUCUUUCUUAGCAUUGUCUCUCCUUUUUUUAAAAAAUUAAGAUAUAUAGAUAUAUACACACACAUACACACAGUCAUGGGAAAAAGAAAGUGCAUCCCUCUUUGAAUUCUGUGGUUUUACAUAUCAGGACAUGGUGUAAUAUGUCAUGUGUUGUUGUUCAUCUGAGGUUGUAUUUACCUAAUUUUAAGACCUGCUAAGGAACAAAUGAUUGUCUUGAUAUGUAAAACCACAGAAUUCAAAGAGGGUGUACAGUGGUACCUGGUGGAACGCUCUGUCUCAUGAGACCAGGGCCCUGCAGGAUCUGAUUUCUUUCCGCAGGGCCUGUAAGACAGAGUUGUUCCUCCUGGCCUUUGUCUUGGAGCCAAUUUGAUUCCCUCCCCCUCUUUCUUUUUUCUUUUUCCUUUCUCCUCCUGUGAUGAGGCUGCAUUUUAAUAUUUUAAUGUUUCAAUAUUUUAACGUUGUAUUUAAAUCUUGUUUUUAAGUUUUAUUCAUUCAACUUGUUUUUAUUAUUGCUUGUUAGCCGCCCUGAGCCCAGCCUUGGCUGGGGAGGGCGGGGUAUAAAUAAAAAUUAUUAUUAUUAUUAUUAUUAUUAUUAUUAUUAUUACCUCGGGUUAAGAACUUAUUUCAUUCUGGAAGUCUGUUCUUAACCUGAAACUGUUCUUAACCUGAAGCACCACUUUAGCUAAUGGGGCCUCCCGCUGUCACUGCACCGCCGCUGCACGAUUUCUGUUCUCAUCCUGAAGCAAAUUUCUUAACCCGAGGUAAUAUUUAUGGGUUAGCGGAGUCUGUAACCUGAAGCGUAUGUAGCCCGAGGUACCACUGUACUUUCUUUCCCCCAUGACUGUAUAUAUAUAUAUAGAGAGAGAGAGAGAGAGAGAGAAAUACACAUAUGUAUAAAUUUGUAUUUAUAAACUAGCCUUCUUAGGAGUAGUCUCCCUCUGCUUUCUCACACCUCUUCUCUUGCCCAGUGGUCCUGAAUCGGCGCCAGAAGCAGCUGCAGCUCUUACGGAUCCGGCAGCGCGAAGCCAAGAAGAGGCAGAGCCAGCUUCCUCAGGAUGGUUCGUACCGGCAUAAGCCCAGCGCUGUCAAGCGCUGUGCAGGCGAUGUCCUUGCACCGGUGAGUGGCUGAAAGAGUUCCUGUCACAAAUGUUCACAAUCUUAACUCUUGACCCCCAUUUGCAACACGCAGUGCCAAACUCACGAUCCCAGCUGCGUCGUCGCCUUCAGAAUGCCCCUUUGGCCUUUCCCUGGCAUCUUCUCAAUCCUCUGGAGCAGGUGUGGGGGAACUUUUUCGCCAUCUAGCUGUUCCUCAAUUCCCCAACAAGCAUGGCUAAUGGCCGCCAGGGAUGAUGAGAACUGAAAAGGUUCCCCAUUAUGGUGGUUCAUAAAAAACUUUUUUAAAAAAAUGCCUGCUCCAAAGGUCUUAUCUCACUACACUAGGGAUUAUAUAGCUAUAUCUGAAAUAUCAUGCAUAUCAGUUAAUAUCUUGACCCUGCUCCACAAAAAUAGCUGUUUACUUGGCCGUUUUCCUAUGUCGUGAAGGCUGAAAUUUCAAUAUUAACUGAUAUGCAUGAAAUUACAGAUACAGCUACAUAAGACCUUUGGAGCAGGCAUUUUUUAAAAAAGGUUUUUUUAUGAACCGCCCUAUGCCCCAUGCCUACUCUGCAGCCAGCCAAUGGGAGUGUGGACCAUCACUCCUUUGCACACAUCUCCUCUGUCCCUUCCACCCUUUACAUUUAUAACCGGUGGCAUAGCGUGGGUUGCCAGGGCCCGGGGCCGCACGAGAUGGGAGAGAGGGAAACACAUGAACGGUCAACUGCCUAACCGCGUCUGUAUCACCCAGGAGAUCAUAGCCACAAAGAAAAGAGAUGUUCUGUUGUCCGGAGAGGUUGGUUCCUGGUUCGCAUGGAGAAGCUGGUUUCAGUGGAGCCCAGCAACAGAAGCUCGCAGCUGUACUGAGGCAGCACUUGGUGUCAAAAAUUUUCGCCCCUAAUAAUUUUGCAACAGCCCCUGUGGCCCUGCCCCACGCUACGCCACUGUUUAUAGCUGAGCAUAAGGCAGGUUCUUUGUCAAUGUGGAUUGGCUCCUAAUGGAGGUGUGUGGGGAGGGGUUAAUAUGUUGUUCCCCUUUCCCAGUUCACGCAGUGACAUUCCAUUCUUUUUCUCCACCCCAAAGAGUUAUAUUCAGAGCCUGCGUGACCGCCAGCAACUGGGAACUGGUACUUCGCUGAGCAACCUGAGUGCCAGUGCUCACACCGCUGUGGACCUGGAUUACGACUCUGGCUCGACUGUUCCCCUCACCACGCCCCGUGGCUGCCUCUGAAGGGGAUGGUUUCUACUUCCGCCUGUGCCUUAAGCAGGGACAUAGCACAACUCUGCCCUCACUGGGGGGUCUGAAUAUUUUUGUCCCGUGCAGUCGCUUGACUGAUAUGCAAGCACCCUCGGCUAGCCUGCUAUAUAUAUAUAUUUUUAAAAAUGUUCUAAAGCAGGCAGUUUCCUUUCCCUUGAGGGGAACUUGAGGCCAACAAUGUGACUGAAUCAAAGUAGCAGGAAAGAAGGGAUGUUUUUAAAUAGAAAAACAACAACCACAACAACACUAUUAAUUUAUUCCCAAUUAAGUCAAGUGAAAGAAGCAAGCCAUCUUCCUCUGCAGGGUAUCUACAGCCGCCUUGCAAGCUAUGCUGCAAUGAACUGGUUCCCUCUUAAGGUGGCUGUCCUUGACUUUGAAGCUAGUAUAGUAUCUGUCCUCUGCGGGCUCAGUUAAGCCAUAGACAUCCCCUCUUUUGGGGGAUGAAGGGGUUUAUUUGCCCUAGAGGUCUAGAACUAGCAACAGGGUACUUUGAUUACCUUUUGGCUUAGAUGAACAGCCCUAUUUUACCUCGGGGAUAAAAUAGCUAGGGGGUAACUUGAAAUCUUCGCACCACAGGUUGGUGAGGUAAAUGGUUCUGAUCUAUGGUGCUUUUCACAACAUUUUGCUUUUUUUUUGUAUGUGGGUCAGAUGGCAGAAUCUUGUGAGUAGAGUCGCCAUUGAAUUAUUCUUUCUCUAGGGCAGUUUGGCUUGCCGAUACAACGUGCGUAGGGAACAUUUGGACCAUCCAAAGUUAUUUGAACUACAUCUCCCUUCAUAGCAAACAUGGUCAAUGGCCUAUCAAGGGAUAUGAGGAGUUGUAGUUCAGAAACACCUGAAGGCCCGGAAGUUUACCACACCAGGGUUAUAUAAGAAGGAAAAAUUGUGCUUUUCUCUCCCCAACCCCCAUCAAACUCAAAAGUUACCUUCCCAGAUCCUGUUCAGUCAUUCAUAAACCCUUGAUUAUGUUAUGAGGGGGAUAGCAGAGUUUGCAAAUAGGGCCCCACCUUCCCGCUCAAAUGGCUAUAAGUGUGUAAGGGAAGAAUUCCCCCAAAGGGCUCUAAAUAUCAUCCAAAGUGCCUUUUCUUGUCUAUACAGAGCCUUACCUGCACUGAAGUGGCUUUCAGUUUAACCUGACUGUGGUGCUUUUUGAAAACACGUAGAGAAGGAUUAAAAACCAUUCUUUUUAUAAAAAAAAAAGAGAAAGAGAGAGAAAGAUUGAACUCUAAACUGUAGGCUAACCACCCAGGUUUCAAUUCCUAAACAAUUAAUCUGAAUUCAGUGAGUACACAGUGGGUUUGAAUCCUGGUCAAGAGACCUGUUUUGUUAUAGCAGAUUGUUUCCUGUGGAUAUUUGUUGUUGUUACUGUUUUUAUAACUUCUGCUUAUAAUACUUAACACUGAUACAUUUGUGCUAUGC